UCCCACUACACUUGGCGAAGGUCUGCUAAUGGGAUUUUUCUACUUACCUUACCAGUUAAGUUGAAUUAAGGACAGAGAGAACGCGUAUAUAAUAGGAGUACGUAAUUUGCAAAUCGACUGUAUUUGUGUUGUACAUCGGUCCUCUUUGCAGGCAGUUGACUUUUGUGUCUGCCUGUUAAACAAGUCAGAAGAUAAAGAUCUCUUUGCGGCACAGUCCUGACAGUCAGCACGACAGGGUGCAAGUGAUUAUCAGAGCCAUCAAGGGCUACUGUGUUUGCUUUCGUGUUGUCGCGCUUGUAAUCCUGCAUGCCGCCGUUUCUGUCUGAUGGUUACGGACAGGACAACUGCAUUUGCAUAUAAUUAUUUCCGCGCUGGAGCAGUGUAGCUGUGCUACGUAAAUUAUGAGUAUCUUGUUUUUAUGCGAUCCACAUGCUGCAAUAUUUUGACACAAAGUUAGUACACAUCUCCAACGGAUACCAUCAUGGCGAGCCAGGAAUUCAACGCUAACUGCACGCGCUGCCAGCACAACAAACUGCCGUGCUACAUCCACCUGUUGGAGGCUGCCGUCGAUCCAGGCGAUCCCGACGAGCGGAUUGUGAUCCUCAACACUGCAGCCACUGCGGGUAAUGUGUCGGCCUACAUGGAGAUUACGCGGCCGGAAUACUGGGAGAGCGCGUUUAAUUCCCCCGCAAUCCGACGGACCAUUCAGCGCAAACGCUGCGACUUCAUGAAGGAAAAACGUGAAGGCUGGGAGAACCCCAUGGCAUUACCAGUUGCGUCUGAUCAACCGGAACACUCGCGGUCGGAUCACGUUUUCGGCAGUGAUCCACUGGAAUUUGCAGCCAGUAUGUUUCGGCAUGCAGCCAUGCAGAAAAAAGAGAUGAAGGAGCAGAUUAAAAAUCUGCAUUAUCAGCAGCUGAAUGGGCAUGAUGACGUAAUUGUCUUGAAUGGAGAUGCAGAAAUGGACAACGGUGCUGUGCACGCAAAUGGACACGGCACUACAGGUAAUUGCGUGGAGCAGCACAGUAUCGCAUCGACGAUGGAAUUGAAUUCUAAGCUGCGUCAUGAUCUCACGUCUGCUCAAAGUGAAAUAAGCGAAUUGAAGGAAUCCUUGGCUGCAGCUGAAAAGAAGGUCGAGCCUCUCAAUCAACAAAUUCAGGAACUGCAGCAAGCAAAUCUGCAGUUGGAACAGCAGCAUAAUGAUCUGAAAGAACAAAUGGACGAGCGGAACGUUGCCCGGUACACCGCCGAAAACGAUGCACUGAAGCGUCAGCUGGCAGAGGCCGAUACUAAGCUGAAAAAUGAAACGGACAAAAUGCGGGAGAUGUAUUCGACACAAAUCAGGGAACUUAAUAGACAUAUUAAUACGAAAACUUCCGAGAUUGCGAGCCUUGAAAGUACAGUGAAAAGGAGAGAUGCGAAAAUACUCGAGUUGGACACACGCACAUCGAGAGCCUUGCGAGAAAAGAAAAAUUCUGUGCGUAAUUUGUCCGAAAAGACCGCCGAAGUAACGCGACUCACCGAGGAAAUGGGUCGUCUACAGGAUGGUCUGAUACAGAAGAACGAAGAAAUACUCGGCCUUCAAGCUCUGACCCAACAGCAGCACCCCGAACUGGAUGCGCCUAAUGCGGAAUCCCAUGAUGCACGGAAGCGACAAAUGGCGGACGCAAAUGCUAAGCUGAAAAUGCUACGGGAAACAUAUGCCAAGCAACUCAAGGAUAGGAUUGAUGAUCUGAGGAAGUUAAUUGCUAUGAAAAACUCUGAUAUGGCGAGCCUUCAAAGUCUCAUUCAAGAGAAAAAUGCGGAAAUUGCUGAUCUACGCUCUGCGUUGCUGCCUGAUGCCGAAAAGGUAGGAAUACAAGAAGGUUUGAAUGCGCAACUACUAGCUAGGACGACCGAACUGAGCAAGGAGCUGGAAAUUAAUGUGGGCCUGAAGAAACAUGUUCACGCAAUCGAGGGGAAAUACAAGGCUGAAGUUAAGAAGCUUGAGGCCACCUCGCGCGAGCAGGACCGGCUAACGGCAGAAAUAACCAAGCUAAAGAAGGAACUACUCCAGAAGAAUGCGGGACAAGAGGAACGCAUUGUGCUUCCAGGUGGACCGGAUGUCCAGAACGCUGCAUCAGAACCGGCACCGGUACCGGCUGUGUUAACAUCCAACAGUGUUCCCUGUAGCAGUGCUUCGGCAAGCCAUGUCCCUCCAGCCGUGAACGAUAAUUUCGUUCCAGCAGAAGCAGUUUCUCCGUCCAAAGCCAGCGCUCUGGAACGGCUGGGUGAAGUCUUUGGAACAACGCAAACUGAAACGCCUCAACAUUUCGCAUUUGGAUUUCAAGAUCCGAAUUCCAAUAAAUCUGUUAAUCUCCAAAAUCCCAGCCAGCCGUCAAUCUCGCAUCCCACAUCCGGAAUCUCUGCAACCCCGGGCCUCUGGCAAAUCCGCCGUGACGGCAGCAUCGCUUUUGAUGCACCUCCAUUUCCACGUUCCAUAAACUUUACAGGAUCUCCACUCCGUCCGACCAUCAACAGUGAUAUCAACUCAACUCCGGGCACGUUUCGUGUGCCCCUAUUCGGUGCUGCCAAAAGCGAUACGGCGGUAGGAUCCGCGAUAGUAACACAACCAUUUGCGCUCUCUACAUCCGGAAUUUCCGACCCGGCACCCGAAAUUGUUAAUGUUAUCACCGUAGACGCAGAAAGCCCACCGAAACCGUUUUUUAUGAACACGAAUUUCAGUGGUGUGACGUUACCGAGGCAGGAGCAUGCCGAUAGUGGCAGAAAGCGAGAUGCGCCGGUGGAAUCAAAGCCGGCGAAAAAGCGCUGUCGUAAGGAAACGGAUUCGCCGGUUGAGGUGCCGCUGCCCUGGCCUUCCACUGCCACUCCAGAGCGUGCGGACUCUGUGGUUGCGGCUUCUUUUGGCGUUUCUGCAUCUUCAUCCGCUUCGGAAGAGAUUACUGACGUUGUUCUGAAUUUUGAUACCAUUGCCGAUCCCGUUCCGGCAACAGCCGACGUUGCGGCUUCGAGUGGCGAAAUACCUCUACAAACCUUAUCGAAAGAAAUUACUGGUGAUUCCCUUUCUUCCGCGAAUAACGUAUCUGCUCACACACCGGAAUUAGCGGCUAUUGCGUCUGCACCGGAAGCGCCACAUUCAGCCGCUGUGGAAAACGUUUCUGUUGGUACAGUGUCCGUUGAUAAGCCAAUUACUGCCCAGCAGAUAUUGAGCAACGAUGUCCCGAUGGUGAAUAACAACGACAGUCGAGAAAACGCGACAGAAUCUGCAGUGCCUGAAAACCGGAACGACGUGACGGUGUCCGCAGUUUGCAGUGACGACAACGUUAUCAGCCCUACCAGUCUAAACCCGUGUGAAACAGUUGUGGUGAAGAGCGAGAUAGCAGCACAACCGGAAACAUCUCGUGGCAUUUUCUCCGAUAUACAGAUGACUCGCUUUGGCGCCAGUAUUCCCGAACAAGCUACUCCUCCAGCACAGAGCCCACAAGGCGCACCGCGAUUUCAAUUGGUCAAUCAAAUUCCGUCUCCCACUCCCCGGCCUGCAACACCGCGUAAUCCCUUCGAAGCUACGGGCCCGCGUCCACCGCGAGCAUCUCCUGGACUCUUAGGCUGUCGCCCUCGACCACCUGGUAAUCCGCUUGAGCAUGACUGGAAUGACACUUACGGUAUGAGUCCAGUAUACUCUCCUCGUUAUCCUUCGCCACCGCGUUAUCCUUAUCCCGGCCGCGCUGGUCGCGGACCUCGACCUCGUCGCACACUCGCCUAGUCAUUCAACUCCGCCGAGACAAAACGACCUUCGCAUUGACCAAAAAUGGCAAUUCACUUGAUAGCCAUAUUAUUACUAUUUUCCAUUGUGCAAUCUUCAUCCGCACAAUGUCCACC